AUGUGGAACAUGUAUGCAACUUUUGAAGAUAUGAUCUCAGGUUCAGGACAACGGGAUGAUCGAUCCAGAUCAACCCUAAUGGAAUUGUCGUCUACUUCAUCGCUCAGCAUUAAUCCAAACAGUACCAGUAGUAAAGAUAGUGAUAGUAAACCUUGCACAGUACCUUUAACACCUCCAGUAACCAAUGUUUCUCAUUCGGAAAGUAUUAGCAGCUCCAGUUCACCAGAAACUGAAAAUCAAACGGGAAAAGCUAAUGUUAAUAAUUACAAAGAAAUGUCAACCUCUCAACAAACAAAGGAAUCAACUGUGGUUAAAGACACACCACAAUUAGUCACUUCUCUUUCAACGGGAGACGAGUCUGGUACUGAAAAUAGUAUCACAAAUAGUGACACUAACAAUGAUAAGAAUCAAAAAUUUCGACCCAUACCUGUUAAUAGGAAUAAAUUUUUAGCUGCUCGUCAAUCAAAUAAUGAUAAACCAUCAACAAAUCUAGUUGGAUAUCAAAGUGAUUCUGGGUCAAACUCUUCCUUGGCUAAUCCUCUUUUAGACACCAUUAGUUGUUUAACUUCAAGUGAUCCUUAUAGUGAUUCAGAUGAUUAUGAUGUAACUCGAAGCAAGGUUAUUAACCAACGAGCAAGACGUCGAUGUAGGCGAAUGUUGUCUGACCGAUCUCUCCGUUGCUCUCCUAAUCAUUUACAUUCCUGUUGUUCAAGUGAUGCUGAUUCAAUUGGCUAUGCAGGUUCCAACUCUAUUGAUAGUGGUUACAAAAGUCUCUGUCCAACACCCGAAGUUCCAGAAUCAAUAUCCAACCUUUUACCUUAUAAAACAGCCGACAUCUCGUCCGUCAGUGAUAAAUUGCAAAUCAAUGGUCAACAAGACAAUUCCUGUCUUGUUAUGGUGUCAUCACAUUCGUCUUCAUCAAUACCAGCACUCCAACGGUUAACCAGUUUAAAUACAAUCUGCAACAACAGUAAACCUCAUUAUUCCGAUUCCCUUUCAAAGUCAAAAUUGUCAUCCAUUAAACCUCAUGAUGCACGGAUAACAUCGUCAAACUGUUGUGCUCCUUCACUCACAAACAGUACAUCAUCCAAUAGCUUAUAUAAUAACAAAAUGGUAACUCGAUUGAAAACCCAGUCCUCGACAGCACAUCUUGAACAUCUAUUGACUCUCCGUCAAUCUCUUAUAAGUGCAAUUCAAAAAUGUGAAUCUUCAACAUCAACUCCAACUGAUUCACGGGUUGCAAGUCCAGUAAUUUCAAGUCGAUCAACCAGUCCAGCGUCAACAGUUAUUCCUAGAACAGUCAGCAAUUUAAAGAUAACCCCAGGUCUUGCAUCUUUAUCGUCUUCUUUAUCGGUCGGAGUUAUCCAGGGUGCUAAUACUUCUAAUCAAAUUUACCAGCAAAGCUCAAUCAUAUCUGGCUCAUUAUCACCAUCAUCAUCAAUAGCUGCCUCUAGCAAUGGUUCAACAAUGAUGAGUAAAAGUAAACGUUUACCAGCAACAGGCUCACCUGAACCUUGGUAUUCUCAAAAUCAUUACUCACCUUUAGCAUCGUAUCAUCAAAAUGGCCAUCCUUCAUUAAACUGUACAAGAUACAAUCGAAUCAACAAUCCACCUUCACAAAUUCACGAUCAUCAAUCAAUGGAACCAGUGUUAACAUCGUCUGCUGUCUCAGCCGAUGUUGGACGAGCAACACCAACACAAAUGCCAUCAGCUACAUCUGUUGAUGUCAUUGGUCAACAGCAACAACAGCACUAUUCAUCUUCUUCCUUAACCUCUUUAACCUCUUCAUCUUCAUUUAAUAAGUCAGUCCGAUUUGAUGAGGUGAUGAUAACACCAUUUACCAAUUAUCAACCUGCAACCCUAAAUAUAUCCAGCAAUACCUCUCUUGAAAUAGCUGAUUACCCAAUACAGCCAACAGAGAGACCAAUCUCAUUGGCAGCAACUAACACCUCUUCCGUGGCUCAAAUAGCUGUUACCUCAGGCCAUCUUAAUACUGAUAGUAGUGCAAGUAGUAUUAGUUUGAGCAGCAGUAUUAAUGAUAAUAGAGUUAACGGAAUUACUGAAAGCAACAACAACAGUAAUAAUAUCAUUAAUAACGACAAUAUUAAUAAGCAUAUCAGUAACAGUAAUAAUAGCAACUCUAUUUAUAAUGGCAUUAAUCAUGGUAUUGGAAGCUGUUCAUCAUUAAAAUCAUCUGCAGUCACUUUUUCCACUAAAUCAAUAUUAAAAGAUCCAAUUUGUGCCAACCUAAGAUCGUCCAUUGAAUCGGGAAUGUUCAAUGCUGCUCAAUCUUUAGAGAAUGAGAUUGAUUCACUUCUCUAUGGGAAACGUUUCAAUGAACCAAUUGCUUUGCCAACAACCCAAAUCACAUCAAAUGAUCCUGAUUUUACCUCCUUGUCGACACUCAAAGAGCCAAAUGAUUUGUAUAAACAAGUUCAAGAUGAUCCAUUGGACAUUCCGUAUGUUAAGAUGAUUGAAGAAAAAUAUCGAACUGGAAAUAAAAUGAAUAAAACAAAAUCACAAGAGCACGCCAGUGAAACUUUUACGAGUUACACAGAAAAUACCAAUAACCAUCAUCCAUCUGAUCAAAUGAGCCUAGAUGAAGGAACCAAUGAAAUUAAUGUAGCAACUUACCAAAGCGAAUCGUCGAAUUAUCUUUACCAUAAUAAAAAUCUCAAUCAUUCUGGUAGUCAGGUAUCUUUAAAUCAUCCAAAUGGGAAAUACCAAAAACAGAGGCCAACAAGAAAUGGUAUGCCAACGGAUAACCCAGAUGCCAUGUUGGAUCCAACGUCAAAGAGUAAAAUAAGCGAAAUGGCAAAAUGUAUGCUUGGUAUUCUGGAUGAAAUUGAGAUGAAAAAUUCAAUUGAAAAUCGUUUACCCAAACUGGAAACUGUACGGUUAAGGGAAAAAUCCUAUACAAGCAGAACCAAAGAAAGAUCUCGACCCAGUUCAGCCGAAUUUAGAAGCUCAAUCGAGUUGGUGCCAAAUAUAUUCAGUAAUAAUGAAACAGCCAGCGAGUCGUCUUACCAUUCCCUUCCUGAGUAUCACAUUUAUGAAGAGGUUGCUUAUGAUUACAUGAUGGACAACCAUCCUAUCAGAUCAAACACGGUAAAAGAGACACCACCGUCUUCAAGUCAACCAGUCCAUCCAAGAGAGAGAUCAAGAAGGAUACUUCCACCCAAUCCAGUUGGUUCAAUGAGCAUGUUGAAUAAUUCACGAAUCACAGGGAAAUCAGGAUCAUCACUGUAUCGAUCAUCAUUGAAAGAUUUGUUGAAACCAUGUGAUGGCAACAACAAUCCAAGAUUAACAAAUGUAAAUAUCAAUGAACGUGAAGUUACUCUAAAUGGCAACGACAAAUGUCUCCUGGAAACUGAAUUGAAAUGCUUCCGAUCAUCAUCAUCAUCGCCUUUAUCCUCAAUGAGAACCUCAUCGUUGAUUAAUUCCAACACAAGCUGGGGACGGGUCACUGAACAGCCAAAACAACGAGGCAACCUUUACUCUUUGUUUACUGAUCCCAACCAAAGGAUUAACAUUGGUCGAUCACUGAGAAAAGAGUUGAACUACAACCAACCGCGAUCAACAAUUCACCUUGAACUGUGCAAUCAAAUGGAUGGAUCAUCUUCAUCAUCUGAAUAUGGUUUCAGAAACAAUUAAAUCAACUGCCAUGGCCACUAAAUAUUAUAAAAUGUUGAACAUUUGAUAAGAUUGAAAGUAUCAUUUAGAAAGAUCUAGAGACAUCUUUUGCUUUCUUUCUGUUUCUUUUGUUUUAUUUAACUGUUGUUUACAAAUGCGCUCAUUUUACAAAAAUUCAAAUACUUUCAAUUAGCUGAUAGCUCAUGUUGCUUUCAACUUGAACCGACUAAUUGUUGUUUAUCAACUCAACAACUGUUACUUAAAUAAUCAAAUUUGCCUGUUUUUUACCACAUUUUACAUUGUAAUGAUUUUACAAUCAAUUUGUCAAUUUACAUGUUUCUUCUGAUGACAAUUUUAUCGAUAAUUAGAAUUGAUAAUUAGCCUUUCUUUUUGCUUUUCUCAUUCAUUCCAAUUUUAAUUGUAUUCAUACAUAAAUUAUCACUCAAGUUUGCUAGUUAUAACUUGAACUUGAACGAUUUAAAAAAAAGAUCACAAUAAAAGCAAACAUUUCUAAGAUUUAAGUUA